AAUUUCAAACGAAUGCAUUCAAUUUCGUCCUGUUUUUCGUUCUGUCGUUUUCUGUUAGCUUUUAGUAGGUAGCUUUAAGGUGGAACUGGCAGAUAAACUAACGCAGUCCAAUUAAAGUCUGUUUUUACCUACAUUCAUUAUUUAAAUUGGGUUUUAAAUCGAACAUAUUAAUGUCGGAUAUAAAAUCGUGCGCAAGUUACCUAUAUCACUUACUUUGUAGCGUAGAUGUAGUAAUGUAGGCGUCUACGAACCUAUGUAAAUGUACAAGGGGCAACCCAUCUGCUUGGAGCUAUUUGCGUCGUGUUAUAAAGUAAGGGCUUAUUUAUUCACGAUAUAACCGCGAAUAUUGUGACGCGGUAAUCGGCGCACGGGCACGGCCCCAUCGAUGGCGGCGAGCUCACAGUGCAUAAAUAGUGAUGCGAGGCGUCGGCGCACCGAGUAAUUCGAAUAAAUACCUCGAUACGAUCGGCUCACCGUUUAACGAGAGAGCCUUUUCCGCGCCGCGGUGAGCCGUUUAGCGAAUUUCAAUAGUUAUCACGCGGAGAAAAACUCGCUCGCCGAGAGGGACGGGCGCGAGCGGCGAGGCCAGCGUGAGCGGGACGGACUUAAUAAGAAAGAAAUAAUAAAAAAGCGGUUGUGUGUGCGUGGUCGGAGUGUGGUGGCAUAGGGCGGCGAUGCAGGCCCCUCCCUGUGGCGCGCCGCCUGCCGCCUGCCGCCGCCUCAGUCUCAGUCACAGCGCGCCGAGCCGCACCGGUCCGCUCUCCCCGCGACACAGCGCGCGUAAAAAGUUUCAACUCGCUCUACGAAACUUGCACCGCGAUCACGAUACCGAACUACGUUAAUAUCGUUAUUCGUUUACUUGUUCUCUGAUAGGCUAGCGAAAAGUUUGUGUUUUUAAAUCUAUUUAUUAAAUCUGUGAUUUUUGCGACUCCUGAAAAUUAAGAAAAUAAAAAUUUCUUAAACUUAUAACUGAGUUCUAAAACUAGCUUUGUUAGUUUAAUUGCUUAGAAACUUUAGGAAGGAACGCUCAGAAGUCACGAUUAAUAUCAUAGUGUCAAACAGCGAGAAAUUUUCAAAUUCAAAGUUGCAUAGAUUAUGUUCUGGCACAUCCAUGGGAUGUUCAGACGGUGACAACGAGUGGUCAGCUGGAGGCAGGCUGGGCUCGCAAGCGGUCAACUUGAUGCUGCUGCAGGGAGAGGCGCGCGAGAGGCAGGGGCCGGCCAUGGAGGAGGACUGCUCCGCGCGGCCCUGUGCCACUGACUUCUCCAUCGCCGCCAUCAUGGCCCGUGACCGCCAGGAGCGGCGCGAGCGGCGGAGGCACAGGGACCCCAGGGAAGACACUCUCAUGCCACUUGAAAAAUUCGUGGACGCGACAGCAUCAGCCUCAGGCUCUCCCUCCCCGCCACUGGCGGAGUACGAGCGCGACUCUCCCGUGGACGUGUCGUCCACGUCCGAGGCAGGGUCCGCCAGCGGAGCGCCCAGCGGCUCGCGCCCCCUGUCGCCGCCCCCCAGGAACCCCCAGCUCGUGGAGCGGUGGUCCAGCGAGGAGAUGCGACACAUACAGUGCCACCUCGAGACCAAGGAACUCUGGGACAAGUUCAAUGAAUUAGGAACAGAAAUGAUCAUCACAAAGACGGGAAGACGCAUGUUCCCGACGGUGCGCGUGUCGUUCGCGGGUUGCCGCGCGGAGGCGCGCUACGCCGUGCUGCUGGACGUGGUGCCGGUGGACGGCAAGCGCUACCGCUACGCGUACCACCGCUCCUCGUGGCUGGUGGCCGGCAAGGCCGACCCGCCCGCGCCCGCGCGCCUCUACCCGCACCCCGACUCGCCCUUCUCCGGAGACCAGCUGCGCAAGCAGGUCGUAUCCUUCGAGAAGGUCAAGCUUACCAACAACGAGAUGGACAAGAACGGACAGCUCGUCCUAAACUCAAUGCACAAAUACCAACCUCGGAUUCACUUGGUGUUGCGAAGAGAAGGCGCUAUCAACGCACCCAUUACAGACUUGGAACAAGAGGAAUUCAAGACGUUCAUAUUCCCAGAAUGCGUGUUCACUGCCGUCACCGCGUAUCAGAAUCAACUCAUCACGAAAUUGAAAAUUGACAGUAAUCCAUUCGCGAAGGGAUUCCGUGACUCUUCACGUCUCACUGAAUUUGAAAGAUACUAUAUCACGGGGGAGCACGAAAGAACAUCAGUCUUCCCCGAUGACGCGCGCUACAGCGCCGCCAGUCAUAGGGAGACUAUGGAAUCCAUGUUGGCCGAACAGCACUUCUUACGAUCACCACUGCGGCCUUUUGACCUGGACCAGCACAACAAUAAUUUGACGUUGGAGGAGAAAGCUAUCCUGGCGGCGCGGUCGCAACUGUUUCUGCGAGCCGCGUAUCCGCUGUACGGCGUGCCGGCGGCCGCGCUGUGGGGGCAGUGGGCGUGCCUGGCGCCGCAGCUCCUGGCGCAGCAGCACCUCGCGGCGUCAGGCUCGGGGCUGCAGCUGCCGCGGCCCGUGUACCCGGGCGCGCUGGGCGCGGGCGCGGGCGCCGGCCCGCAGCCGCUGGCGCAGCACCGCUUCUCGCCGUACCCGGCCCGGCGCGCCUCUCCGGGCUCGUCCCCGGACUCGCUGCGCGAUGCCAGCCCUCACCCCGUGCCGCUGUCGCAUACCCCGCAUACUCCACAUGCCCCGCACCCGCCCCACAGCCCCACUUAGUGAUAAAACGUCGAAUAAAAACCUCCCCGAGAUCUCCCUGUAAUAAUAUGCGAUAUUGUAUGAGAGUCUUUAUAUGAAAUGUUUUCGGAGAGAACACAAAAGAUUUAGAAGUGCGUCGGUGUUUUGCUGCGAAACGAGUGGCGUCGUGAACUUCGAUAAUUUUAUGCGCCGAGAAGUGAAUAAACUGAGUGUGAGUGUGUGCUGGUACAUUUAGAAGUACGAUGUGACUCGUGAAGCCAGGGAGCGACGCGCCUCUGGAACUCGGCUGUUACUGCUCUGUGAAAAAUUGUAUUAUAUUGUAAUAUAGUAUUUAACUGUGCCUACUUUAAAUUUGUAAUUAUUGUUAUAUGUUCCUAAUAGUUUUGUCUGGUAGUGAUGGUUUCUGCUAAAUUCAUGUUAUAGCAAAAUUAGACAUAAUAUCAGAAGUGGAAAUAUUCGACUGUGUAAAUUUGUUUCAUAUCACGCAGACUACUGUUAUCAAACUAGACGGUUGUGGGGAAAUUGUGAAAACAGAAAAAAUGAAUUUGUAUAGGAUCGUAAUGAAUUGGUAACUUAUAAAUUACGACAUCUUACUACACUGUUUCUGGAUAAAUUCAUCUCGUUUAGGUAAAAUGUGCAAUACAACUGAAAAAAAUUGUUUUAGUGAAACUUAGAUGUUUAGUAAGAUAGAUGUAUUGAUAAUUAAAUAGUAGAAAUUAUAUUGCUGUCUAUGUUUACAAUUAAUUCCUACAUCCGACUACAAAUGGAUGUAUAGAUGUACCUACACGGUUACUUUGUAGUUAAAUUAUAGUUAUUAUAAAUAAUAUAUUGCUAAAGAAAUAAAAAUUAAAUGUUU